GCAGCAGCAGCAGCAACAACAGAAGAACGAGGCCACCAUGAGCGAUCAGACAAUGCACGAUGUCAAGGCCGUUCCAUCGUUUGAAUCUUCGAGGAGAUCGGAGACGCCGCCAGCAACCUCUCGACAAGUUAACGCGCCUGUACCAAGAAGUGUUGUCCAUGGAACGGCGGCGCGAAGAGCAGCGGCGAGCAAGUCACCACUAGCAGGGCUAUCGGCAGCGACACUAGCAGCGGCCGCGGCGGCAGCAGCAGCAGCGGCGCAGGCAGCGGCAGCAGCAGCGGCAGCAGCAGCAGCUGCUCCAAGAACAGCAGCAGCCACAACAGCAACAGCACGAGUAGAGGAGACUACCCAACGCCCGCCCACAGGGCUGGAGCCCGUGGCGAUAUCCCCUGCCGCAACCAUCCCGCUGCCCUCCACCACCCCACCCGCAACAGCAGCGGCUGCUGUGCCUGCACGAGCAUCCGCAGCAGGGGCCUCGCUGACUGCGACACCAGCACCCCCCCAAGACGUGGACGGCGGGGCGAGGCCUUCAGGGCCUACGACGAGGGAGCCGGUGGCGACGGUGGUGCACCCUCCCGUGGCGACAGAUGCCACGGGGCCCCCAACACCGAUGGAGGUGGUGGGUAUUUUCCAGACACUUGCCUCGCAACCCCGGCUGCACGGCGGGGGCAGUAGAGGGAAGACGGGACGGCCGGCCUUGUGGACGAUCGAUCCGGCCACCUUGCCGCAGUCGACGCCCAGCGCGAAGAACCAACAGCAGCAGCAGCAGCAGCAGCAGCCGCCGCAGCAGCACCUGCAGCCGCAGCAGCAGCGGCAGCGGGGAGAAGAGGCGAGGAAGGGAGGUGCCACAACGAAAGACCUGGAGACAACAGCCGUCUCCGCGGUGGGAGGGGCCCCGCGGCCGUUCGACCAGACGGGGAAAACUGCCGCUAGUGCCAGUGCCAGUGCCAGUGCUAGUGGUGUCGCUGCACGUGAGCCCCCGGUCGCUCGAGCAGAGGGCCUCAUCACCGGCGCCAGCGAGCGGGUCUCCCCGUUGCCGUGGAGGCCCCGGAACCUGCGGUUCGUCGUUACCACUAAGAGCGAGCGGCACGCCUACGCUGCAGGUAGCGGCGCGUCUCAGCACGGAGCACCGGCCGACCUGCAGCAGCAGCGGCGGCAGGAGGAAAGACCCGGCGGGAUGAUGGCGACCGAGGCGUGGUGGCAGGGGCUGCCGAAAAUGCCCGGGUUCUCCGCGAGGCAGACCGGCGGCGGCGGCGGCGGCGGCGGCGAUGGGAGCCGGGAAGGUUCUGCCUCGCCGGCCGCUUCCUCGGACGCGGCGGCGCGCACCACCCGGGAUAGCAGCAGCGCGAGCAAUGCGCUCACGGGGUUGGAGCCACCCGCUGGGGUCCCCGCAGAUUGGGAUCAAGGUAGGUACGCCUUGAGGUGGCUGCCGGCGGAGGGACUGGCCGCACUUCAGGCGGCGGGGGCGGCGUGCGGUAUGGACCGCGCCUCGUUGGACGCCGCGGGGGCGGUGGCAGAGGCGGCGGCGGCGAGGGCGGAGCAGGAGCGAGCGGCGGCGAUAGCAGACAGGGAGGCCUACGAAGCCGCCGCCAACGGUACCGGGCCGGUGAUGUGGGGGUACGACGGCUACUACGAUGGCGGUAGCGCUGCUGCUGCCGCUGCCGCGCAUCCGAGGCCGAAAGCCAAGAGGAGACCCAGGCGGAAGAGGGAGACGCACGUGCUGGUGAGCGAGAGCGAUGACGAAGGGGUGACGACGACGACCUCGGUGUGGGCGGGGCUGGAGGCUGCCGCCAAGGCGGAGGCGGAGGCGAUCAUGUCCUACAAGAAGAGGCGAGAAUGGGAGAAGUUGGUUAGGGCCGCGUUGAUUUGUUUGUGCUGCACACGCGUGACCCUGCUCUCCUCUCGCUCACGCCUCUUUACAAAUGUUGCCACCAUUGCAAACGACGACGGCGACAACAAUGCCAGCGGGAUGGUUGAGGCGGAAGCGGACGGCAAUCAACACUGGGUACGGAGAUCGGUCAGGGCGGCGGGCUCAUCGGCGCUGGAUUCCGCUCACGUCGUGAAGCUGCUCGAACAAAUACGGGCGAACGAUCCAGAGGUGGAGGUGCUGAAGCUCCACCACUACCUGGGCCCAGACGUGAACACGGCGGUGAUCGAUGCCGUGCUGGAGGCGUUGAUGGUGAACGACAACUGCCAGGCCCUCUACAUACAGAACUUCAACGAGGGCUUUCGAGAUGAGCAGGUGGGGGCUUUGGCGAAGGUGCUGCGCAGGGGCAACAUCUGGUGCCUCAACGCCGGGGAGAACUACAAGGUCAAGCUCGCCACGUGGUGGCAAUUUGUGGAGGCGAUAAAGAACACGAAUGUAACGCACGCCUAUCUGAGCGAGCACGUGAUCACGGCGGAGCUUAAGAAGGCCAUGCGGAAGGCCAUUCGGGACAACCGGGUCAAGCACACCCGCCACAAGUCGGCCGCCAACCUGGAAGUCAUCCGCCGAUGCACCAACAUGUGGUGGAACCCGAUCAACUCCAAGUUCCUGCAAGCUGAGCUCAAAGUCCUCGACGGCGGCAACUCAUUCUCGGGGAUGUUGUCGAUCAUGGCGCAAGGCACCGACGGCGCCUCCUCCCUAGCGAAGCGCGUCCCGUGCAGCCUUCACUGGCGAGAAGAGCAGGAGCGCAAGCGGCUGAAGGGGCCGGUCGUGCCGCCGCUUCGCCCGGAUUCGCCGGAUCUGACGGACUGUGCACCGCGGGGCCCGAUAACCUUCCGGCAGGAGGAUGAUACCUGAUGAGAGGCGGAGGGGGGGGGGGGGGGGGGGGGGAGGCGUACUCCUAUGUUUUGCAUGCCUUAGCGGUUAGGCCAUUGNGGGGGGGGGGGGGGGGGGGGGGGGGGGGGGCUUGAGAAAAGAGGCAUGAUUGGGUUUGCAUGCGAGGUGGGAAGGAUGUCCGGUGCGAAGGGGGAUGAGGAUGGCAAGCGGGAGUAGUGGCUGUUGAUGUCCCGUGCAUGACUGCUUGCUGCUGCUGCCUUGGGUCUGUCUCGUGUGCGGUGCCGGGGCGCGCGGCGUGGGUUCUGUGUGUGUGUGAUGCGAAAGCGGUUGCCACGAUUCGACCACCACGUGGGCACGGGCGGUGCGGGGGGGGGGGGGGGGNGGGGGGGGGGGGGGGGGGGGGGGGGGGGGGGGGGGGGGGGGGGGGGUCGUCCCGCCCACCGGACCCCAAUCGAAACGGUGAAGGAGAUUUUGACGAGUUGCAUAUUGUUCAAUGUCUUGUUGGGGAGCAACCACCGCUACCAGAGGCGGGCAGAGGCCGGCCGUUUGCUGGCACGAGUGGCUUUGAGGUCCUUGGGGCUAGGUGUUGUAAGGUCCUUGAAGCUGGGUGGGUGACCUUAGACUAGGUGUUGUAAGGUCCUUGAAGCUGGGCGUUGUCACCCAAGAAGGUAGGUGGUUGCCGUCCAUCCAUAUACGGGGUGUGCUACAUGCGCUCGCAGGCUUUUUUCUGUUUGGUUGUAACUCCCGGUUUAGUGCUAUGCAGCAGUCGUCCGAUCAUCCCCGUGGUGGGUGUCAGCGUAUUGCAGGUUUUGUGAUAAGUUGAAAAAAGUAAAAAAAAAAAGCAGGGGAUGAUGCGUGGUCACUGACACCUGUAGUUUGAUGGGGCCCUAUUCAAGGUUAAUAGUAGACAGAUCGGUGUCGGGAGAGACACCAUCAUUUUGUACGUCGUUUUCGAUGCGAGCUGGCCGUCUAACGGUAAUUCUGUAUGGCAGCCAAUCACCGCCUUUUCCAUCUCACGGUGCCCAAAAUGUUUAUUUUUGACGUUGACGUUGUAUUCUGAAUGACGCUAUGAGAUCCAUCGGUCGUUGCUGAUGAGGUGAUCUGAUUGGUUGCCAGUUUUUCCUUCACGGUUGGCGUAGGUAUGUACUGAGUUCGAUGAUCGUUUUUGUGGUCGAAGGCCCAGCGUGUUGAUCCGCAAGGGGGGGGUUCUUUUCGGCCGCCGGUCGUAGCGACUGCGGCUGCUGCCGCUGCUGCUGCUGCUGUUUGAAGCGUCGGUUUUAGGCACUCUUUCGUCUGGGGGAGGUCCCGUUGAGUAUCGGAGCGUGUUCGACACGGUAGUAUUCCGUACCGUUGAGUUCGUGGAAUGAGGCGCAGACAGCGUUGGUACGAUAGUAUUUUUUGGCGUGCAGACAGACCCCGCACACCCGCUCGCACACAGAUUUUAGUCUUGUAAUUUUGGUAAGUUCUCAGGUGUCGUUUGGGCUAUAUGUGUUUUGUCCGUCUAGAUCUAUCUGCUGCGCGCGUUGAGCCCCGCUGGUAGAAUUUUUAUGAGGGAGGGAUACGUAGAUAGCAUGUUGUUCAGGCCACCGGGCUUCAAUGUAACGUAGAGCCGAGCCAGGCAAGCUAGCCGUAGGACCAAGGAAGGACGGGCGGGUGAGACCCCGCGU